AUGUUUGGCUUGGUGCUGAGUGUGUAUAGCUUGUUGUAUGGACAGGUUUGGGGGUAUUUUCCUGAGGAGCGCUGGAGUGCUGAAUCUGCUCUGCUCGCCCCCCGGGUUCUUCUGGGUUUAAUCUGCAGAAACUCUGCUCAUUCUCUACCGUAUUUCCUCGGAGCUAUAGAGAGACUCAACUAUCCCAAAGAGAGGAUUGCAAUCUGGGUUGCUACAGACCAUAAUGACGAUAACACAACAUAUAUGCUUCGAGACUGGCUCAUCAAUGUGCAGAAACUGUACCACUAUGUGGAGUGGAGGCCCAAGGAACAACCUAGGGCGUAUGAUGAUGAGGAAGGACCCAAGCACUGGACCAAUCACAGAUACGCUCACGUGAUGAAGCUGCGCCAGGCCGUGCUUGAAUCUGCCCGAGAGAUGUGGGCUGAUUAUUUAAUGAUGGUUGACUGUGACAACCUCCUGACUAACCCAAACGUGCUGUGGGAGCUGAUCAAAGAGAAUAAGACCAUCAUUGCGCCAAUGCUAGAGUCUCGAGCAGCCUAUUCCAAUUUCUGGUGCGGCAUGACCAGUCAGGGUUACUAUAAGCGGACACCUGCCUACAUACCCAUGCGCAAACAGGUCAGGAAGGGUUGCUUUGCAGUCCCCAUGGUGCACUCCACGUUCCUGAUAGACCUUCGCAAAGAAGCAUCAAGACUUCUUGCGUUUCACCCACCUCAUCCCGACUAUACCUGGGCCUUUGAUGACAUCAUUGUCUUUGCCUUUUCAGCACGAAUGGCAGAUGUGCAGAUGUUCGUGUGUAACAAAGAGACUUAUGGCUUUUUGCCCGUCCCCUUGCGCUCCCACAACAGUCUUCAGGAUGAGGCAGACAGCUUUCUACACACGGUGCUGGAGGUCAAUGUGCGACAUCCUCCUGUGGAGCCCUCCAAAUUUCUCCUCCCUCCUGUCAAACAACCUGAUAAGAUGGGCUUUGAUGAGGUGUUCAUGAUAAACCUGGAGCGUCGGACUGAUAGGAGGGAACGGAUGCUCAGGGCGCUACACGAGCAGGAGAUUGAGUUCAAAAUCAUACCUGCUGUCGAUGGCAAAGCCAUGAAUGUGACUGAGAUCCAUGAUAUGGGGAUCCACAUGCUGCCGGGCUACAGUGACCCCUACCAUGGCAGACCUUUAACGAAAGGGGAGCUGGGAUGCUUCCUUUCUCACUACAAGAUAUGGAAAGAGAUUGUGGAUCGUGGUCUUAAAAGCUCACUGGUGAUCGAAGACGACCUGAGGUUUGAGAUCUUCUUCAAGCGGCGACUGCAGAACCUGAUGAGCGAGGUGGAGAAAGAGGGGCUUGACUGGGACCUGAUUUAUAUUGGCAGAAAGAGGAUGCAGGUGGACCACCCAGAAAAAUCUGUUCCCAACAUACACAACCUAGUGGUAGCGGAUUAUUCCUAUUGGACCCUGGGAUAUAUGAUGUCGUUACAGGGAGCUAAAAAGCUGCUGAACGUAGAGCCACUUAGCAAAAUGCUGCCUGUGGAUGAAUUCCUUCCUGUCAUGUACAAUAAACAUCCUGUCUCAGAUUACAUGGAGCAGUUUGAGACGAGAGAUCUGAAGGCGUUCUCUGCCGAGCCGCUGCUGGUCUACCCGACUCACUACACUGGCGAGCCGGGCUACGUCAGCGACACGGAGACGUCCACCGUCUGGGACAACGAUACGGUACGCACAGACUGGGACAGGAAACGGUCACGCAAGACUCACGAGCAGGAUAAGAUCAGCACAGAGGCGCAGAAUUCGGACGUGCUGCAGUCACCUUUAGACAGCACUGCCAGGGAUGAGCUCUGACAUGACACCUGUGGAGACAUUUUAUAAACACUGCCACACAUUUUGGGACUUUUGACUGACCAAAUAAUGACUUUUCAUGUGUUUAUUGUGUUAAACCUAAGUGUUUGUCCCGCUAGAUGAUCAUAUGAGCGUUUGAUUAGCAGUAUCAGAAAGAGCACUCCAUUUUUUUGUGACAUUCUUUGGCUGCUGAUAAAGUAGUCAUAGAAUGUUUUAAUUUGGCACUAUUAGUGUUUUUCCUUGUUUUUUUGCAUGAUGGUAAAGUUUUUGAACAUUAUAUUGCCUAUCUAUUCAACCAUGUGGCAUGGUUAUGUAUUAAGGAGGGAGCAAAAACAUAACAUAGUUCACUUUCUUAGGUCCCAGAUGCCAGGUGUCCCAAUUCAGCCUGUUGAGCUUAGAGCUGGGUGAUAUGGCAGAAAUAUCACAGUGCAGUUUGAAAGACCUUAUUAAAAUCUGUAAGGUUUAGCUAAUAGCCAGUAUUCCCAGUGGUGUUUGCCUUUUCAGUGCCAUUGCAAGCUGGGGAUGGGAAUCCAAGAGAGCCCAAUUGGCACUGAUUUUAAAGUAAUGACACACUUGUCACCCUUAUUAAGGUAACACCAGCCAAUCAUGUUUUUUGAACAGCAGUGAUGAUGAGUUUAAAUAAAUCAUUCUAAUGAACUAACAAGUGUAUGUAGCACCCAAGCAAUGUUUAACUAAUACAACUGAAUUUAAUCUUGCUAAUCUUUUAACAGAAGUGUUUUAAAAUUAAAGUGUCUUAAGGCCGCUCAGGUGGCGCAAUGGUAAAAAACGCUAGAUGGGGUAUCGAAUCUCAGCUCCGCCAUCCGGCUGGGCUGGGUGGCCACAUGGACAAUGAUUGGCUGUUGUUCAGGGAUCAGGAUUCCUCAUAACUGGUGCAAUUACUACCUCUGCUGGCCAAUUGAUGCUGCCUGUGCAGAGUUGGGGAAUAAUGCUGAUCAGGGUGUGGCUCUCUUUGCACAAAGUUUUUUUUUUUUUUGUAUGUGUGUGGAUACAUCUCCUAAUUAAAGAUUAAGGUGUUUUAGCCACAUCAGGUGGCACAGCAGUAAAGCACACUAGCACACCAGGGCUGAUAUCUCGAACUCGCAAGUUUUAAUCUCAGCUCGGCUACUGGCAGGUUGUGACACCUAUACGGACGAUGAUUGGCUCGUCCGAGGAUGACCGCUACAAUGACAACAUCUGCUGACUGAUUGAUGAUGCCUGCACAAUGAGACAGGAGAUAAUCGAGAUUGGUGCAUGUCUGUGCAAUAUGGAUCUCUAUAUGAGCUCACCUCGUGCAGAAGAAUCGGUCGGCUGCUCCACAUGUGGAGGUCGCGUGCGAUACUCAUGACCCUUUUCAUUUAGGAGUGGAAGUCAGCAGCAGUAGAGAAAGCGAGAUGUGAUUGAGUGAUUGGAUUGGACUAGAUUGGGAGGAAAAUUGGGCAAAAUGCAUUUAAAAAAAAAUAAUAUGCCUUGGGGGCAGCACAGUGGCUCAGUGGGUAGCACUGUCGCCUCACAGCAAGAAGGUCCUGGGUUUGAUCCCCAGGCGGCGCAGACCGGGUCCUUUCUGUGUGGAGUCUGCAUGUUCUCCCCGUUUCUGCGUGGGUUUCCUAAUUGAGUGAGUGAGUGAGUGAGUGAGUGAGUGAGUGAGUGAGUGAGUGAGUGAGUGAGUGAGUGAGUGAGUGAGUGAGUGAGUGAGUGAGUGAGUGAGUGAGUGAGUGAGUGAGUGAGUGAGUGAGUGAGUGAGUGAGUGAGUGAUGUGCCUUGGUAUGGCAUAUGGCCACUUUUAAAACUGGUCCAAGCUGCAAUAAAGUGUCUCGUGGCUUCUAAAGUGGGUGGGAAUUUAAGGAUCUUUGCAAAAAGACACGAUUGCUUUCCAUUGUUUUUGAUCCAGUUAGUACAGGCAGUUAUAUUUUGCAUUAAGUUACAUUAUAAUAAUUUAGAGCAUAAGUAGCUGCAAGGCCCCAAAGUACUCUUAAAAUAAAAAUAACAUAUAAUUAAAAUAUUGCCAUAUCACCCAGUCCAAACUAAGCUCACUAAGCUCAUUAUUAGUGGCUACAUUAUAAGAAAAAUCAUAAAAUAUCCUCAAAGAUUUAGUUCAGAUUUAGAUUUAGUUUUUGUAGCGUCUCUGUUUUUUGGUUUGUUUGUUUUUUUGCUCUGUGAUAAAAAAAACCCCUAAUUGUCAAACUAUAAAUGUUUUGUACCUAAUGUGCCUUAAAAAUGUAGAUGAAAUACAAUCCUAAAUAAUGUGAGAUGUUGUCUCUUGUUAUAAUGAAUACAAUUCUUAGCCCCUUGGUAGUAUACAGCUGUAGGUUUCUGGGUUUAACCUUCGUUUCCUAUCUGUGUGGAUUUGUGGUGUGUAUUAUUUUUUUCUCGCACCUCAAAAACAUUGGCUUUUUUAAAUAGGCUUUAUGUAAAAACAAGUAAAAAUACGUUUGUGUGCUACUCUGCAAUGGGCUGGUGCUCAAUGCAGGGUGUGAAACCCUUGUUCAUAAAACCAUUGCAACUU